ACAAACUCCUGCGGCUUUGCAGCGGGGAGGGAGGAAAGCCACCGACAGACGGCCGCAGGCCCGGCCGGAGAGCGGCUCGCCGGCCGGCCGUGCGCAGGCGUUCUGGGAGGAAGGGCCGCUCCGCCGUAGCCAAUGAGCACCGGUCCUGCGGCCUGCUCGCCGGUCAGGGUGACCCGGGCCUGUGCGGGCCUGAGGCAGUGGGCGAGGCCUGUCAGGACCUCCUUGCUUAGCACAAGUUGACCAGGGACUGCACCCUUGCCCAGAGCUCGACCUUUCUUAGGGUUGGCGACUGACACUCAGCUGGAUGACUUACAUUCAGUGAAUUUAAUUGGACCCUGGAUACACAGCACCAAGGCCUGUAUAUAGGCAAUUAAUGGAUACUUGGAGGUUGGCGUACGUAUUCAGAAAUGUUUUGCCACCUGAAGCCUUUGAGGAGGCAGGAACAACAACAACAACAAAGAGAUAAAAUUCAUCUGCGCAGCCAAAUUGUCUAAGGCUCCAUUCAGAGCAGGAGAUAGCAGAUCCUCACAGGAUUGUUCUGUCUGGAAGACUAAAGAUUAAACCGCCCAGCACAGCAUUAUGUUCCCCAACUAUAGAGCACAAAGCUUGGUGUUUUAGAGUUUAAGAGACAAUGACUAUAAUAAGAACACAAAUUCCUCCUCCUUGUGCAUAGUAGAUACACAGCAGUUAUACAAAUAAGUACACGUGGAUGGGGACGUUUGUGCACAGUGGAAGGAUGGGGCUUAGAAAUCAGGUAAAAGGGCCAGGCGGUGGUGGCACACGCCUUUAAUCCCAGCACUUGGGAGGCAGAGGCAGGCGGAUCUCUGUGAGUUUGAGACCAGCCUGGUCUACAAGAGCUAGUUCCAGGACAGACAGGCUCCAAAACCACAGAGAAACCCUGUCUCGAAAAAGAAAAAAAGAAAAGAAAAGAAAUCAGGUAAAAGGAGAAUAAGGAGGAAGAUUGAGGGCUUAGCUGAGGGCUCUGCGGAAGGGGUGGUGAGACAAAGUCUCGUGUGGCUCAGGCUGACCUCACACUUAUUACGUAGUCGUGGCUUGGUCUUGAAUUCCUGGCCCUCCCUUUCUGCCACGCUGGAAUCAGACUUCUGCCACCACACUCAACGUUUCUGUAAGGAAUGUUUGAGAGUAAGUUGGAAAGAUUGAUUAAAAAUAAUUACUGAAGCUUUUAAAUAUAAGACUCAGAAAUGGAUCUUACCCUGUAGGAACUGGAAGCCAUCAAAAGGUGUUUGUGUAAGGAAUACAGUAGCAUGUGUCAUGCUUUGAGAAAAGUCAGCCUCAGUCUGGUAGCAGAGAAAGUAUUGACUCUAGAAUUAGUUGAUUCUGGAAUCACUAUCAUCGUAACAGUACAAAACCAUUUCCAAGGACUUUGCAACCUGAUUGGUUGCAAAGCGUGCCCAAGACUUCUUUUUAGAAUAAUUAGGAUGGAAAAUGUAAAUUGCAGUAUUAACCAAUAGGCACCGUGGAAUUGCUUCCCAAGAAUCGUAAGUCAUUUCCUUUGAGCUCAGAAACGUAGUAUUAUUGAAGUAUUUAUUGAGGAAAACAAAAGGUACUUUAAGAACAGUCCAGACAGUUUGGGACACAGUUUAAGAAAGAGAAUGUCACCUUGUCUGACUGGAAUGUGUUUCCGCUCUAGAGCCUCCAGUUAGAAACCAGACAGACUGCAGCAAAUCUGCUUCUGUGUUGUUGCUAUGGUUUUUCUUCUCUCGGUGCUUGUAGGUUGGCUGUCACAUGCAUGGUAGAUGUGUGCUUGUCCCAGAGAGUAACACCUGUGUCUGACAGGUUCUGCCUGAAGAAGAUCCUCCCUCAUUGGCUUCCCUCCUAUCGGGCUCUGUCAGGAGCAGAAGCCGUCAAUGCCUUAAGGCCUUUCUACUUUGCAGUUCAUCCCGAUUUCUUUGGACAGCACCCCAGGGAAAGGGAAAUCAAUGAAAAUUCUCUUAAGAGAUUAAGUGUCUACUUAGAAAAUCUCCAGAAACCAGGUUUCAAGUCUCUGAAACCAACUCAGCUUACAUUUUAUAUAAGAGAAAAAACAGCUCAGAACUCCUCGGAAGACCAGGAGCCUAUCAGUACCUCUGGAUUUCGAGCAGUCAGAUUUACUUUGCACACCAGCGAUCUGCUAAGCACAGUAUUGUAUAUUCUCAACUCCUGCAGUUUGUCUGUUGAACACGUCCAAAGCUUGAAUACUACUAACGUGCAUUCCCAGCCUCUCCAGGAAGCUACAGGGAUGCCAGACAGACCCAUCAAAUGGCAUAAGUCCUACUAUUCCUUCACUGGGUUCAAGGACCCUGACGAAGACCUACACGUCUCAAGAGUGGAAACAACCCUAAUGUCCUGGCUAGGUAGCAAUGGGCAAAGCGCAGUGAAAAAGCUGAAGAACAGCUUGCCUCUUAGGAAGGAGCUAGAUCGUCUGAAGAAGGAGCUGUCUGACCUUCUGCAGCUUUCAGAUAUCAGGUGGCAAAGGGGCUGGGGUGUUGCCCAUCGCUGCAGCCAGCUGCACAGUCUCAGCCGCCUUGCGCAGCAGAAUUUGGAACCACUUCAGAAUGCAAAAGGAUGCACCAUCGUGUUCACAGACCGCUCGGGCAUGAGUGCGCUGGGCCACGUGAUGCUGGGAACCAUGGAUGUCCACCAUCACUGGACGAGACUUUUUGAAAGCUUGCCAAGUUAUUUUGACCUUCAGAGGAGAACGUCAGCCCUAGAAGACCAGAUAAGCGAUCUUCUCGGGGGCAUACAAGUGCUUUAUAUCGAAGAGUUACAGCCAGCACUGACCCUUGACGAGUACUGCUGUCUCCUUGACGUGUUCCACAGUCAGCUCCUGAAAAGCAGGACGCCUGCCCACCCGCAAAGUCUGAGCGGCUUGGAGAUGAUCCUCAGCAGCGACAGGUACGAGCCGAGCUUGCAUGAACUCGGGCAUUUUAACAUCCCAGCCCUCUCAGAUCCAGCAAGCCUCCAGUCAUUUAUGAGAAGCCGAGCCCAGCAGGCAAGAGAAAACAUAACAAGAAGGGAGGAGUUAAAAGUUAUUGAAAAUGAAUUGAUACAGGCUUCCACAAAGAAAUUUUCUCUGGAGAAGUUUUACAAAGAGCCCAGCAUUUCCAGCAGACAGAUGGUGGACUGCUGUCGGAGACUCCUGCAGCUGCCGCUGCCUUAUCUGCACGGGAUGCACCUCUGUGUGUCGCAUUUUUAUUCCGUCAUGCAGGAUGGAGACCUUUGCAUCCCGUGGAACUGGAAGAAAGGAGGAGCCACGAAGUGACAUAGACGCCUGUCUUAUUUCCUGGAGAAGCGAGAAACUGUUGGGUUUAUUUAUAUUCAGUUCGAUGUUAGUGUUCGCAUCAGGACAGAGUUUCCAAGUGCUGCGUUAAAGCGGGAGUUUUCUUUGUAGUGACUUUAUGCUAAGAAACUUGUUUCUAAACGGUUUGUCCCCUAGCCUUGUGAUGCUGAUGGCUAGGCAGAGAGAUGCUUAGAAGAAAAACUUAUUUUAAAAGAGAGUUCUGUAAGAGUCAUAUAUUUUUAUAGAAGUGAGUGUGUGUGUGUGCACAAAUUGGUCUCGUUCAGUAUAGCUCUGUGGUACUAGAACUCAUUUUUACAUGCAGCGCAGUUCAACACGUGUCUUCAUAGUUACAUCCCACAGACACAAACACUUGGUAGCCGGUAAUGGACAGUUGUGUUCAGACAGAUGAUUGAUGAGUAGCAAAAAUUAAGUAACCACAUUUUGUUUGAGAAAGAUUUUUUUUAAAACUAUUGAAUAUAUGCCAUUAACAUUGCCUGAUACUAGCUUAUUAAAACAUCAGCAACAGAAUUUAAAUACAUGACACCUUCUACCAAUUAAAAUAUUGAUAGAGCAUGUUCUUGGUAGGCACAGGCCCUGGGUUCCAUCCCAAGUAGCAAGAAAAAGCUGUCUUCAUCUCUUCAGCUCUGGCCCAGCUAGGCCUGCUACCUGCUGUGGUCUCCGGUGUCCCCCACGCUGUGGAGCCCCAUUCUCUACCCAGAGAAGACCACCCUGCACUCCACACCACACGUUCUCUGAGGACGCCCUAGGGAACUUCCCCUGGUGCAUCAGAACAAAGGAGACACUCAAGUCAGUUUUUCGUGUUUUGGAUUUUUAUAAACAGUUCAAAUGUAUGUUCAAAAUAAGAACUGGCUUUUAAAGGAUUGGUUGUGCCACUGUUGCUUUUGACCCACGCCAGUUUGACAAAUGUUGCUGUAAAUACUCUCCCUAAGAAAGAGUCCUCAAGUUGGGUUUGGUGGUGCACGCCUUUAAUCCCAAUACUCGGGAGGCAGAGGCAGGUAGAUCUCUGUGAGUUCAAGGCCAGCCUGGUCUACAAAGUAAGUUUCAGGGCAACCAGAGCUGUUACACAGAGAAGCCCUGUCUCAGGUGGGGGAGUCCUCAAAGAUCUGCUAGUGUAUUGGAAAAUUGUUUGGAUUGUGCCACUUCUAACAUCAGCUAACACAGACUCUUCUGUAAUGUGUGUUGAAUUGGAUUUGGUUUUGAACUAAUUGUUACAUAAUAAACAAUAACUUGUCGGCCACAUAGCUGUUCCCCU